GGUCGGGGCCUGGGGCGGGCGCUGGGUGUGGGUCGGCGGUGCUGGGGGAGUCUCGGCCUGACGCCCGUCACGCAGAAGCGAGAGAGCGCCCCCAAGGCAGCGGCGUCCUGGAGACCCGAGAGAGAUGGAAGCGGCGGCGCCGGCGGCGGUGGAAUCGGUGGUGCAGGAGGAGCUAGACAUGGAUGUAAUGAGGCCCUUAAUCAAUGAACAGAAUUUUGAUGGGACAUCAGAUGAAGAACAUGAGCAUGAACUCCUGCCUGUUCAGAAGCAUUACCAGCUUGAGGGUCAGGAGGGUAUUUCAUUUUUACAAACUCUUAUGCACCUUCUUAAAGGAAAUAUUGGGACCGGCCUUUUAGGACUCCCGUUGGCAAUAAAGAAUGCAGGCAUAGUGCUUGGACCAAUCAGCCUUGUGUUUAUAGGAAUUAUUUCUGUUCACUGUAUGCACAUUUUGGUACGUUGCAGUCACUUUCUAUGUCAGAGGUUUAAAAAGUCGACAUUAGGUUAUAGUGACACUGUGAGUUUUGCUAUGGAAGUAAGUCCUUGGAGUUGUCUUCAGAAGCAAGCAGCAUGGGGACGGAGUGUGGUUGACUUUUUUCUGGUGAUAACACAACUGGGCUUCUGUAGUGUUUAUAUUGUCUUCUUAGCUGAAAAUGUGAAACAAGUUCAUGAAGGCUUCCUGGAGAGCAAAGUAUUUGUUUCAAAUAGUACCAGUUCAUCAAACCCAGUUGAGAGAAGUAUUGACCUAAGGAUAUAUAUGCUUUGCUUUCUUCCGUUUAUAAUUCUCUUGGUCUUCAUUCGUGAGCUGAAGAAUCUGUUUGUGCUUUCAUUCCUUGCUAACAUUUCCAUGGCUGUCAGCCUUGUGAUAAUUUAUCAAUAUGUCGUUAGGAAUAUGCCAGAUCUCCACAACCUUCCAGUAGUGGCUGGUUGGAAAAAGUACCCACUCUUUUUUGGUACUGCUGUGUUUGCUUUUGAAGGCAUAGGAGUGGUCCUUCCACUUGAAAAUCAAAUGAAAGAAUCAAAACGCUUUCCCCAAGCGCUGAAUAUUGGCAUGGGAAUUGUUACAACUUUGUAUGUCACGUUAGCUACCUUAGGGUACAUGUGUUUUCAGGAUAAAAUCAAAGGCAGCAUAACUCUGAAUCUUCCUCAAGAUGUGUGGUUAUAUCAAUCAGUGAAAAUUCUAUAUUCCUUUGGCAUCUUUGUGACAUAUUCCAUUCAGUUCUACGUCCCUGCAGAGAUCAUCAUCCCUGUGAUCACAUCCAGAGUUCAGGCUAAAUGGAAGCAGAUCUGUGAAUUUCUGAUAAGGUCCAUCUUGGUUAUUAUUACUUGUGCUGGAGCCAUUCUGAUCCCUCGCUUAGACCUUGUAAUCUCCUUCGUUGGCGCCGUGAGCAGCAGCACCCUGGCGCUGAUCCUGCCGCCGCUGGUGCAGAUCCUCACGUUUUCUAGGGACCACUGCAGUGUGUGGAUGGUCCUGAAAAACGUGUCCAUAGCCUUCACUGGGGUCGCUGGCUUCUUGUUAGGGACCUAUGUCACUGUUGAAGAAAUCAUCUCCUCGACCCCCACAGUUACGUCCAGUACUUUACAAAGCUCCUCUCUGACUUUGAAUGCAACGUGCUCUACAUCUGGUUUGAAAUAGUUGACGUGGAAUUAUGAGUCUUCUACUUUUGUCUCAGUUCUGAAAAUGACUGAAAGAAGGACUGGUAGAAUGAAUACAUUGCCAUAGACUUAAAUAUAAAUGCAAAUUCUGUUUCCUUUUGGCACAAAUGGAUAUUUUGGCAGUAAAUUGUAAUUCUUGCCUAGUAGUGGUAGACUAUGGCAGAUUUGUGGUUUUAGCAAUAAGUGUUUCUUAAUUUAGUUUUGAAAAUUGAGCAAAUUAAAAUGUUAAAUAAUUAAAGAGUAAAAUGGCUUCUAUUUUUCAUUCAGUCAGAAAUAGUUUAACCGAGACCCUUUGUCCCCAUUCUACUGUUUUGUCCCCAGCUAAGGAGAGAGCAGGAUUUCACCAGUAAGAGAAUUAAAAUCCUAAUUUUAAUUUAGUGAAUUCUUAAUUCACUUGGACCAUCCUAGUCAAUGUCACACCACAUUUUAUUUAUAAUGUAAAAAUAUCUUGAUUAUGCUUUUAUUAGAUAGCCAAAUACUUAGUCCCAGGAAGUAUAGAAAACUCUCAUUUACCAUGUUAGCAUCAGAAAUCCAUAAAACUGGAAUUAUUUUUAUACUGUUCUGUAAUGAUAGUUGAUCUUCAUACUGAAACCCAAGGGGCCUGUGCAAGAUCACUCAGCCUUGAGAUCAAGAGAAGUGAUCUUUUGAUUCCCAGUCCAGGAUUUUUAAAAAUAUUUUUCACAUCACAUCUAGGAAAAGAAUAAAGUACGUUCAGUUCUACUUUAGUGUUGAGUCCCUUUGUAUUUUGACUACUCUGAAGGCUGUGAUCUUUGAAUGGCACGUGUGACCCGAGCAUAGAGUCAGAACCCUGCCGGACGCACCUCUGUAGUGCGCACCGCACCGGGGAAGAAGCGGUCUUUGUAACGAGGGAGAAGCCACGUGCUGGCUUAACUGCUGGCUGGUGGAAGGUGCCCAGCUGUCAUCUGUGGUUGGAGCUCUUACUAUUUCUUCCCUUUCUAGGUUUUGUGGGCACCAUCCUUCUUAAUGGACACAGAUAGCUGACAAAACACAGGGUUUCUGCUGUUACCGGCCCUGUGGCUCCCCUUUUACUGAUCUGAGUGGGUGGAGUAAACUCCACUGAGAUUUGUGCUUAGGAAAAGAAAGACCAUUUUAAACUGUCUACUAAAUAUCGAGACACUGUCAGUUUCUUCCAGAGACAUACUUCUGUCCUGUAGUCUUUAUACCCAGUUAUUAGCCAAAACAAAGAAUCCUGCUUUUUAAAAAAUUCACACUUUAAAACAUGUUGAACUGUUUAAUCAGGCUGGUGGUAUUCCAAUCUGUAAUAGUACAAGACACUAAUAUCACUGCACUGUAUAUAUUCUUUAUUUUUAUAUGUAAAUGUUAACUUAAGUCAAAUAUUUUUUGCUUACAUCAUGACUGAGUCAUCAAAUAAAAUCCUAAAGAAAUGUCAUAAGCU